AUGCGAACAGAAGAAGCAGAAGCCGAUGAUACCGUCAUAAUUGGUACUUUUCCUGUCAAUUCUAUACCUGCUUAUGUUCUUUUUGACUCUGGAGCUUCACAUUCAUUUGUCUUCGCAUCAUUUGCUAAAAGUUUAAAAGUUAGACCAUGUUCUCAAUUCUCUGCUAUGUCUGUUGCUCUUCCAAACGGUAUGAAUUGGUUAUCCAAACACAAAGCCGACAUAAAUUAUCUUAACCAUGAAAUAACCCUUAGUAAACCAGACGGAAGUAAGGGAUACCUUUGCAACAUGGUAGACCUAACGACCCCUGAACCUUCUUUGUCUGAAAUUCCCAUAGCUUGCGAAUAUCCUAACGUAUUCCUAGAAGAGGUAGUCGGCAUUCCCCCACAAAGAGAAAUAGAUUUUAGCAUUGCCUUGAUUCCAGGAUCCGCUCCCAUAUCCAAGGCACCUUACAGAAUGGCACCAGCUGAGUUGCAAGAAUUAAAGAAGCAACUAAAUGAAUUACUUGAGAAAGGGUAG